AUGGAAUUACGAACCAAUAUCUUCUCAUGGCUCCACGUCAAGCAAUCGACUACGAGUCCUAUACUUUGUAACGAGGACAAGAAUAUUUCAGGUUCUUGGAUGAGAUCAAUCAUGGCUGUUUUUGCGCUGUGGACGAUAUGGCUGGCUUUCGUUGUACAUGAACAUGGACAUCUUCCUUUCAACGCUUCAAGUAGCCUUGAACUUGACGAAAUCAGUUCCAGAGGGUCUGCACCACAACAUUGGCAGACUUGGGCAGACCGUAGGCAUAGAUCAUGGUUAACGCUUUUUGCAGAGUUCAGUUUGAGUCACUCUAGUGGAUCUAUCACAUUUGUUCCGCCUAUCAUAUUGAAAACAACGGUUGAUCCAUCUGAUCCUGCUCUUUAUCCCAGCAUCUCUUCAGCCAAACUAUCACCACCAAAAGCUUCAUCUUCGCUGGAGAAAGAUAAUAAUGCGCUCAAAUCUCGCAUUUCAUGGUUGGAAAGACAACUUCAUCUUUAUCUGGCUAUAAUGUGGCUAGCCCUUCUAUCAUGCGUCAUUGGAUUUGUUCUUUAUGCAUGUUUCUGGGGAAAGUGGCGUACUGAACGCCUUCGAAAAAAGAAAGCCGCCUUAAUCUCUCCCAAAUCUUCUUCGCCUCGUGGCAGUGUUUUGGAAUCGACUAUGGUUGAACGAAAAUCUACAGUGGAGUCGGAGCCCAUUGUAUCUUUUGGACAUCGUUUUCCUAUCGAAUGCAUUGCUAUAUGCAGUCAAUCUUGGCUUGUUUCUUGUUGUCAAGAGGGAAGAGUUUGCCUCUGGAAUAUUGAGACUGGAGAACGAUUGUUGAAGCUGCGUCGAAUUCGAGAUGUGAGCAGUCCACAGAGCCAAAUUACCAUGACACUUCCGUUAAUUUGGUGCAUCGCAACCAAGUACGUAUUAUGCGACAUUACCAGGAAUUGUGAACCUAUUAAUGAUGAUAGUUCAAUACUCAACUCAAUUGCGUUAAUAAGCUACCAUAAGCGGAUAAGUGAAUUGUGGAUUGAGAGAUUGAGAGAUUUUUUGGUAUUUUGAUA